AUGGGUGAGUAAAAUUCGUAAUUUUGUCAUGCAAAUAACAAACAAGUUAUCAUGUACUGUUUAAUAAACGAGCAGGAGUGUUUUAUUAGGUUUAAAGUCACGAGCGCGCAGCACGAGUGGCUUUAGACCUAAUAAAACACGACCUGCGAGUUUAUUAAACAGCUUCAAACACGACUACAAAUUCAACAGAUACACUGCCUUAUUGGUAUUCUUUUUAUAAAGGAUACUAAUGAAAACACGACUACAAUACAUACUGCCUUAUUAGUAUUCUUUAUAUAAAGAAUACUAAUUAGCAGUGUUUUAUCAGGUUUAAAGCCACUGCACGUGACAUAUUAUGGUUGACAUGAUUUGCCAAUAAGCUUAUGAAUUAUUGAGAGUUUGAAAUGAUGGUCAGUGGCGUAGCCAGCCCGACAACUUAGUCCCACUAUGCAAAUUCAAAAGUAUUAUCAUUAUUAAUUUCUUUAGAAAUUGAUUGUUUUUACAGUCAAUGAACACGAAAUAUUUGCAUAGCGGGACUAAAUCGUAGGGCUGGCUACGCUACUGGUGAUGUUGCUUGUAAAAUUAAGGAUUAUCAGACAGUACUCGUGAUGUAUGAAUUUUGAGCCAAAUAACACUCGCCCUGGCGGCUCGUGCAAUUUUGGCAAAAUUUUUAAACAUCACUCAUACUGUUGUUAAUCCUUAUGGUUAAUUGUACUCGCAUCGCAUGAUUACGCCAUUUACAUAAACUACAUUAAAGUUAAGGACUUUAUGAUCCAAGAUCACCCCCAUACCCAAGAAUACAUUUUCCUAAAUUUGACUACAAGCACGUCAAAGUGUUGUAAUAUUUUUCACAGUUUUACCUUAUUUUGUUUUUUAGUUGAUGAGGAACUUCGUGUUUUACGUGAUAUAGUUGUACAAGAUUAUAGUGAAUUAUCUAUAUGCGAUUUAUGUAUUGAAAGAUCUGGAAGAUAUGAUAUGGUGUUUUUGAAGCUUAAUGACAAGUUUCACGAGAUGAUGUUGAAAAUUACUGAGAUAAAACGCAGUCAAAUUUUUAACAAGUUAUGGGCAAAAUACGGCGAAAAAUUGAAAGAUGAAGUUGUGACAAUGGAGAUUAUAUUCAACAAGAUUUGGUCAAGAAUUUGUGACAAACUCAAGUCAAUAAAUCAAAAAUUUCUUGAUGGUAAAAUGCAACUCAAGAAAGUUGACAAAUUUUUAAAUAUGUUUAAUAAGACGGACUACGACGCCUUGGAAGAGGAGUUCAUGCUUCUUUCAAGAUAUUUUAAUAGCCAAACGCAAUUGGGUGAGGCAACGAAGAAACUUGGGGUCAGUAUAAAAAAAGUGAAGAGUUAUAAGCAACUUUUUGAUGCUUGGCAAGCUGCUCAGGCAAUUGAAGAGUUACAAAAAGUAAUGGGUCUCGAAGGUGAUUUUUCAGAAGUCCAAAAUAUUAAAGAGGUUAGGCUAUAUACUUUUUGUUGUAUAACUGUGCCCCCAGGGCAAAUUGUUUCGCCAAAUAUUUGGGUUAUCUCAACUUUGAACACGUAGAGUUAAUGUAGUAGGCUAGCAAAGUUUAGAUGCAGUGGGAGUGCAAGUACUCGCUCAUGUUUUUUUCUAAUUAAAAAUCUUAUUUUUUGACCGCUGUAUAGGACAAAUUACAAUUUUAACUUAAACUCGAACCUGAAAUCUGAAGCUUUUCAUGGAUUUGGAAUAGUACUCCCAAGCCGUUGCUGCAGGGAAAGGGACAAACUUGCAACCCAACUGCACUACCUAGCUGUUUUAUCAAGAUGCUGCCUCCCUGUUAAGUCUAUAUUGGGCAAGGAGUGUGCAUUAAUGAAUCUUUAUUAUAGGUCUAAUUAAGCAAUGUUUACUGAAUUUUUGUGAACUUCAGCAUUUAUUGGACGAGAAACGUAAUACUUUAUUAACUGCAUGUUUAGGUUAGUUCGUAGGCAUAUUUUACUUCAACUGAUAAUAAUUCCGCUGUUGUAUAUGGUAAGGCAAACGUUUGCAACUUGCCUUCGAGUGUAUAUUUUUUACAAAAUGAAAAAAUACGAUUACGAUCCGUACUUUGGGACUUUUACUACUUGUUGAAAAAUAAACAGCUUCUUGCUUGUGUGAAAUAACAAAAUCAGUUUAUUUUAAUAAAAUCUAUAAAUUAAGAAAACAAUCUAAAAAUUUUGAAUUUUUCCACAAAGGUUACAUAACUCCACUGCUAUGGUAACAAUGACUUUUCAAUGUGGUGAAUAUUUGGCUUUAAAGUAAUUGAACUCGAAAAAAACUUUCAUAUUUUAUUCCAUUAAGUGCUUUAUUUAAGCAUGUUAAAUUAUUUUAACGUUUUAAAAAUUUCUAUCCAUUCAAAAUGUAUUCUAUACACAUUUGCCUAAUUUGGAAAACAUUGAGUUCGACAGAAUUUUUUGAAAUCAUUAUAAUAAUUCAAUUUACUAAGGAAAGACAUUUGAAAUAAAACAUUAUUUUAGAUUACUUUAAAACCAACAUAUUUCCAAUAUUGAAACGUCAUUGUUGCCACAGCAAGAAUGGUUAUGUAACUUUGCCAGAAGAUAAUCGAACUCUUUAGAAGCUGUUUUAUAUAACUAAGAUACCUUUUGUUUAUAAACAAGUAAUCGAUCGUUCAAAAAUACGAAUCUGAAUUGCAAAUUUUCCAUUGUUUUUAGAAAAACUAUCAAUCCAACCUAAUUUCUGUAGUAUUUUUUAAAAUUUCUUUCUGCGCCCUCAAGAAUAUUCUUAAAUUCUUUAUAUAUAACAGUGCUUUGUGUAGUGACGUUGCAAGUCGCAAUCUACUAAUAUUUCUUUAUUGUUUAUUGAUUUUGAUUUUUAGCACAGGUUUUCAAUUUGUUAAAAACUUAGUUAUCAAAGUCCCGAAAACCCUGUUUGCCUUAAUUAUAAAAAAUUACUCGGUUGUUUUUCCUGUUCAAACUACGGUUAUUAUAGAAAGAAGAUUCAGUUGAGAAUGUUAAAAUGAAGUUUAAAGUGACUAUAUAUCACUUGUGGGACCUUUAUGGAUUUGGGAAGAGCGUAAAAAGUUAGUUAAUAAGUUUUUCGAUUUAGUGCAAUAAUUUCGAAGAUACAGGCCGUUGUUUAAAGGCUUAUAUCCUCAAAACUAUUACACUAAAUCAAAAAAAACUUUUGAACUAACUUUUUACACUCUUUUCAAAUCCAUAAAGGUCCCUCAAGUGUUAUAGGCACUUUAAGGAUAAACGUGGACGAAAGGGUAAAAUACGGACUUUACAGCCGCAAAUAAUUCUGCUUGAAUAGUUACAGUUAUUAAUUAAGGUGGCUCCCGAGGGUUUUAUUUCCGGGGGUUACGUUCUUCGUAUAUAUGUAAACUAAAACUCGUGUGACUUCAAAAUACGAACGAACGUUGUGUUUUAUAUGGAAUUCUUUUUUGAAACAAAAGUGUGAACUUUGUUUUAGUUGAAAGCAUAAAAAGAGUUCUAAAAGCCAAAACGACACUGGAAUGUGACGUUUCAAAGAAGAUAAUGUAAACUUGUUUUUUUUCAAGCGGUAUUCUGGAAGUUUUUUGAACCGCCGUACGCGAGGUUCGAUCGCGAACUUUGGGAUAUUGAUAUAAAAUUUCCUUAAGAAUUUGCAGUGUUUUCUCCACAUCUAGCAGCACUUAUGGCAACAAAGAUGACUUAAUUAAUGAGCCCUCUACGGGUGAAAUGAGCAGGGCCGAAACUCCAAACAUACCACCAUAAAAACUGAAAUUUGAACGGGCAUUUUGCGAAAACAUCCGACGAUAGUACUAUAAACUCGCACGAGACGAAUUUUGACAAACAUUUUUCAAAUUAAUACCAAGAAGUCAUAACCAGUAAUUACCUAAAUAUCUUUGCCGAUUUUACAUGUAGAAUCCACGCUUAGUUGACCAUUAACCGACACAGUUAUAAACAGUAUAUCAAACAUAAUUUAUAUUUUGUGAUUUCAAAAAAGUCAUGCCUUGUUGUUUUAUGCAGAAUGCAUGUACACGUCAGUUGGGGUAUUAAAUUGUUCGCGUAAAAAUCUAGUAAAAAUUGCCAAAAUUACCCCCAAAUUUCUCUGUUUUCCUUCGGUAAAAUUUUUUAAAACUUUGCACAUUUUUUAAUAUCGCCACAACAAGUGCAAUAUCCUUUUUUCUUAAAAUUAAAUCGAAGGGAAAAUUUUUAAUAUUGAUUUUUGACGUUUUUUAAAUUUUCUAAGAAACGUAUCGAUUUAAUUUUCUUAAGUUGAGGGAAAAAAAUCAAUAUACAAGUAUUAUCUUUUAUGCAAAGUUUUAAAAAAUUUCACCGAAGGGAAUUUUUAAAAUGACCUGAAAAAGACAAAUUUUGAGCUUUAUUCUAAGCAUGCUGUUGCCAUGACAAAAUAUUUUUAACACAAAAGAAGCAAUUUGCAAUGUUCAGGAGAACAUUGUCAAUGUGUCCAAUAAAUUUCGUCUUCAUAUCAUGUAAAGUAAAUAAACAGGAGUCUCCUGAAUACUAUAGUGUAGUAAAUUAUAAAACCCUAGGGAGCCACCUUAACUAUAACAACUAAUUGGCGAAUAUACACAAGUGUGCUUUAUGAAUGAUGGUGUAUUUAUUUGGGUGGUUUAUUUGUCUUUUUAUUUCAGAUUAUUGGUGGAAAAUUUGAACGUCAAGCUAUUAAUUCAGUGAGUGACAAUCUGGUUAGAGCUGGAGAACUGUUAAAGGAUAUAGACCCGAAGAGGCGAAGUUGUUUAACGACAUUUACAGAAUGCUUUGAUCUGGUUACUUGGUUAAGAGAGAGCAUAAAAGGUAAUGAGUCACUGCAGAAUUAAGAAGACAUGAAAAUCAUUGCAGUUGUUGCGGUUCAGCCGUGGUUACACGACAUGUGUAAAACCCUGGAUCUAUCGUUUCUUCUUUUAUUUCAUUUAUUUAAAUCAGUCUAUUGCCAAGUUGUAUCAACAGUCUGUUUCAUCAUCCACCUUAACAUGUUCCUGACUAUGAAAAAUGCAUUCCAAUUUUGGGAAUAAGUUUGGUCCGUGUCUAAAAUGAAAUUUGGAGUUUUGAGAUUUGUUUGUAUUUUAUGAUAAAAGUACACUUUUGAAGUAAAUUAUUAAAUUAAUGACCUUGAUUAGCACUUUAUAUUAUACAUUAUAUAUCUGCCUCAAUUUUGAUAAUAUUUAGGGCUGUCAUUUCAGGCUUACAAGGAUUAUAUAUGGGAUGGCAUUUUUCCAUUCAUGCACCUUCUGUCUCUGAAUUUGCCUAACCGCUCGGGCAAUUUACAUCCAGUUUAGAUUUUUGAGUUGGAAUACUAUAGAAUAUAUGGACAUUGUUACCAAUUGACAUUUCUCAGUAAAAUAUCUCCUUUUGAACUUGAUUUCAGAUGAACAAGAGCUUAAAGUGUUUGUUGAUUUGGCGAUGAUUUCUGCCGGCGAAGAUGAUAUGGAAAUUGACCGAAUUUCCUGUAUGCACACCAGUUGCCUGGGGUUUGGAUCAUUAAUAUUUGGUUACAGAACAGAUCAUGGUUUUAAUGAAUUAAUGCGACUUUGUGAACCAGUAUGGCAAGCCGUUGACGCGGAUCCAGGCCUUGAUGAAAAAUUGGUG